UUCCCCGCCUCUCGCCUCUCUCCUCCUCCCAUGCUUGCUUCUAUUUUUUCUGUAGCUCAUCCAAAUCCCCCAUCCAUCAGGGGACGAGAGAGCAUGGGAUUUGCUCCCUGCUGGGCAUCAAGGGCAAGAGCCACUAUAGUGGGGGAAGGAGAAAGAGGUGGUCGGAUGGACACAGGGGAUCCCCGACUUUUUUGCAUCUCAGCGAUGCGUGUUUUUUGCUUUGAUGGAUUCAGCUAGCGGCCGAGAUGUUGGUGGCUCUUUUAUGGAUCUGCUACGCGUUGCAGAUCCCUCAAUUAUCGGGAGAGUGCAGUGUGAAGAGAACAAUGCUUUGUUUGAUUCAACAGUGCCAAUCGAGCUGGAUGAAAUAAAUUACUCUAAC